AUGGAUACUCUUACUGCUCCUCUGGUGUUCUCCGCCGUUCUGCUCUCGCUCGUGCUGUACUUGUUUCAAAAUAGUUACAGAUAUCCUCCCGGUCCCAAAGGCCAUUUCCUUGUCGGAAACAUAUUUCAAGUACCAAGGACGCUCAUGUGGCAGUACUUUCUCGAGAUCAGCAAGACCUACGGUCCAAUUGUUAGGGUCUCAUUGGCGGGAAAUGACAUUAUUGCAUUAAGUACUUCAAAGGACGCCGACGAGCUACUCAAUAAGCGCUCCGCAAAUUAUUCGUCUCGUUCACAGCCUAUUUAUGCUGGAAAAUAUUUGUCGGGCGGAAAGCGACUCGUCUUGACACCGUACGGCGAUGAAAUGAAGAAAUUGCGAACCGCUUUUCAUAGCAUGCUGCAGCCUCGAGUCGUCGGAUCCUACGAGAGUAUGCAAGAGCUCGAGUCUAUCCGUUUGCUGAGUGACAUGCUCAGGCGCCCGAAAGAAGCGGACCUUAACACAAAACGUUAUGCAGCCUCCCUAGUGUUUAGCCUGUCUUAUGGCCGACGGAUGCCGAACGAUGACAAGGACCUCAAGGACGUUUCCGAGAUUCUGGACAACUUCAUUCAGGAUGCUUAUCCCGGGUCUCACUUGGUCGAUUCCAUCCCCAUCCUUGACAAGCUCCCCGACUUCCUCUCGCCGUGGAGAAAGGAAGCGAAAGCGAAGCACCAAUAUGAAAUUGAGGUUUUCUCAAGGCUUGUCCUGCAGGCUAAAACGAACAUGGAGAAGAAGGGGCAUCUGCAAUUCGACUGCUUUGCUUCGAGGCUGUGGGAAGAGAAGGAAAAGCUAGAGCUUGAUCUUGUCACCAUGUCCUACGUUUGCGGAGUGGCUUUCGACGCAGGAACAGACUCGACUUCUGCAACCAUGCAGUGGUUCAUGAUGGCCAUGGCGCUUAAUCCUGACGCUCUUAAGAAGGCCCAGCAGGAAAUCGACUCUGUUGUUGGCGCUGACGGAGUAAUAAUGCCUAAUUUCACCAAUUUCAAAGAGUUGCCAUAUUGCGGAGCAUUGUGCAAAGAGGUCUUCCGUUGGCGCCCUGCAGCACCCGGUGCUUUUCCACACUUGUCCCUUGCCGAAGAUGAAUACAAAGGGUAUAGGAUCAAAGCGAAGACGAUGGUCAUCCCUAAUACGUUUGCUAUCCAUCACAAUGAGGAAGAGUUUCCUGAACACGAGCGAUUUAUGCCUGAGCGGUACCUGCGGGAAGACAUGGAAGUGACAACUGCGUGGUUGACAGAGGGACAUUAUGUAUUUGGGUUCGGGCGCCGCGCUUGUCCUGGCAAAUAUCUCGCCUCGAGAUCCGUUUGGAUAGGCAUCGUGCGGCUCAUGUGGGCGUUCGACAUCGCUCCGGCAAGAGAUGAUUCCGGAAAUCCUGUCGAGCUCAAUCCAAAUGAAUUCACGCCUGGAAUAACGACCAAGCCGGAAAGUCUCCUCAUCGAGGUCACACCCCGCACCCCGAAACAUGCUGCCAAGAUAGAGGAGAUGUGGAUGAAGAUUUCCCAGUGA